AUGUGGACCGUCGGCGGAGUGGUUGUGGUAUGCGGUGCGCUAUGGGCCGUCGCCGGCGGCAUGAAGCCGGUGACAGUCCAGCGCUGCUGCCCAGAUGGCCAGGAGUUGGCGCCUGACGCACUGCGCGUGGCCAUGCUGUUCGGCUCUGACGCCGCCAGUGCUUGCGUCGCCACUGAACAGCCACGAACUUGGGCGCCGCGCAUCUUCAAACCCUUUCGCGGCGGUUUUUUGCCCCCCGGAUAUCUGCCUCAGCACUGGCGACUGGCGGAGGGCGUGAUGCCAGAGUGUGAGUCUCUGCGCGUGUUGCCCGAGCACUCCGCGUCAUAUGCGCUGCUGGCCCUCAAUGGCUCGCUGAUGUUGCUGCGCGGCGGAUCCGUGCCGUUGUCACAUAAGCGAUAUUGUACGGACGCGAGUGCUGCGCUCGUGUGCAAUACGGACAUAUCAUGGGUGCCUUCCAAGUGUUGUACGGAAAGUCGUAUACUCAACGGGUCACACUGCGUAGAGGAGACAGAACGCGCGGCAGCUGCGUUGAGCUCUGUGCACGCGCUCGCCAACGGCAGUGUAGUAGGUGUAGGCUUUCCCGUGUGCCCUGAAGGCACGCAUUACGCUGUGGCGGGCGUGUUGGAUAACGCACGGCUCGACAAGGACUUUGGGCUGGAGCUCCGUGCGGCGGGUGGUGACGGCGAGAAGCUGACGGCAGGCGCAUGGUGUGCCGAUGCAAUUCUGGGCGAGGAAGGCGUCCGCGUGCUAGCAUGUGAAUCGGAAGCGCGCUCGGCACGGCCUACCCAGGCUACUCGUCAUGCGUUGUACGGCGCGGGAUUAGCAGUGGGCGCUGCGUUCCUGGCGGCGACUCUGGCGGCAGGUUUUGCUUUGCCCGCAGCGCACCACGCCUUGCACUGGCGCUGCCAGACUCACUAUGUUGCAGCGUUGAUGCUGGGAGAUGUAUUGCUGGCUGCUACUCAGCUAGCAGCUGACCGCGUACCGCCCACGCUGUGUCGCGCGCUUGCUGUGUGUAUGCACUUCCUGUUCCUCUCCGCCUUCUUCUGGCUAAACACUAUGUGUUUCAACAUCUGGUGGACAUUCCGGGACUUUCGGCCGACGAGCCUGGAGCGCGGGCAGGAGGCGUGGCGGCUGCGCGUGUACAUGGUGUACGCGUGGGGCGGGCCGCUGCUGCUGGCGGGCGCGGCGGCGCUGCUCGACCACCUGCCGCCAGACGUGGCCGCACCCUUCUUGAGGCCGCGUUUCGCCGUGCAGCGCUGCUGGUUUUAUGGCGACAUGGAGAUUCUUGUCUACUUCUUUGGACCGGUGGGGGUGCUGCUGCUCGUCAACUUGGCGCUCUUCAUAUCCACCACUCGCCAGCUUACGUGCGGCCUUUGGCGGCGCGAUGAAGUCAAGUCCACUUCGGAGCGGGCGGCUCUGGGGCGAGUGUGCGCCAAGUUAGUUGUGGUGAUGGGUGUGACUUGGGGCGCAGACGUGGUGUCGUGGGCGGCGGGCGGACCCGAUUACGUUUGGUACGCGACGGAUCUGCUGAAUGCGCUGCAGGGCGUGUUUAUCUUUCUGGUGGUGGGCUGCCAGCCGCACGCGUGGAGCGCGCUGAAGAGGUGCGCGGCGGCGUGCUGGGCGCGCGGGCGCGGCGCUGAGGGCGGAGGCGCGGGCACGCGUGCGACGCACUCCUCCACGCACCUGCCGUCGUGCGGCGAGUCGCUGACUGCCACGACGCCGGCGCCGCCGGCUUGCAGCGCAGGCGCAGCCUCGGCCCAAGCUGCGCCGCGCAUCCCCAUGGAAACUGUGUGUUGA